AUGGUCCAGCAACCCCUUCCGGCCUCGGACGCCGCUUUAUCUCCUCGACCUUCAUCUGUUGACGUCGUCCUGGGUUCAAAGGUCGAGCCUUGGCUUACAGCAACACUCGAGCGCAUCAGUCGAGGCGAACGUUCUCUCAACUCUGCGUUUCAACAUCGGACAUAUCUUAGCGAAACUGUCUCAUCGCCAGGCGCCAUCUGGACGUUGACCUCGCUUAUGUUACCUACGACGCCCGAGUCCGGCCUCAAGCGGGAUGCUGACAACCCCCUGGUUGAGGCUAUCAUGAACUACGAGAUGGUCUACGUUGAGGCUUACAUCGUUCACAUCGACAUGUUUUGGAGAAACGAGGUUACCUACCAGCUCACGAAAGACACCAUCGAUGCUUUGGUUGAGUACCACAAGGAGAUCCAUUGCGUCGAUACCAAGGCCGAUACAUACGAUUUCAUCGGAAAGGAACAGCAAUGUAAGAAGCUUCACGAUGAUUUCGUCCAGGACAUCAAUAAGUUUGUUUUCCGAACCCAUGUCACAGCCCUCGAAGGUCUUGAGGAGGAGGGUGCUGGCGAGCUUCUCUGCGGGAAGAGCGACAAGGUCAAGGCCAAGAUCAGUAGUCUUAUGAAGCCUCUGGAACCUCCCUUACCUUCUUAUGAUGAACGAGCCUUCGAAGGAUGUGCUUUUCUUCCCCCAGGUCAAAAUAUUUGCUAG